AUGUCGAUAGUCACGAUCAGAAACGUCGAGUGGUUCAACAACCCCGCCCGCUUCCUGGACCCAUACAAGUUUCGCGUCACCUUCGAAUGCAUAGCACCCUUGAAAGACGACUUGGAGUGGAGGCUUAUAUACGUGUCCUCUCCCGGUGACGAAGCCCUCGAUCAAGAACUCGACGACUGUCUCGUCGGUCCUGUCCCCGUCGGUGUCAACUCGUUCGACUUCGAGGGCACACCUCCAAAUUCCUCCAAGAUACCCCCGGACGACGUCCUCGGUGUCUCAGCUCUGAUUCUCACUGGAUCCUAUAAGGACCAAGAAUUCGUGCGCGUCGGUUACUACCAAAAUACUGAAUAUGAUAACGACGAGAUGAAAGAGAACCCGCCCAACCCAAUCAUUUUCGAAAGACUUGUCAGAGAUAUACAUACAAAAGCCCGCGUGACUCGCUUCCAAAUCAAAUGGGAUGUAGCACCACUGCAACAUGCAAGGCCCACAGCAGCUGGAGCCGCUGCUUCUGCUGCAGUUCCCUCUGCAGAUGACCUGGAUACUCCAGAUGACGCAGGCGCUGACCUCAGCCAGAAGCCAAACGGCGCAUCGUCAUAG